AUCAGAAACAUUCCAUCCAAGUUUUCUUCGCUCUCGUAUUCGGUUCCACUCGAUACCAACGAUACGGCAAGAAUUUCUACCCCUGGGCAUUUUACUGGAGAAAUGGAUUCAGAUCGCUACAAAGAUGUUGGCGAUUCCCAUGUCGCGUGCUUUGUUCCACAGCUUUAUGCGGCUGAGCUCCUUGCAAAAGCUGGUUACCGUCUUUGCAUUGUCAGCGACUUUGCAGUCAGAGUAUAUGGCCUGGACAAUAUGAUUGCGGCUGAUCUCGUUUUUGCUAUCUGUGAUGAUCAGAUCUCGGAUGCUGCCACGUAUCUUCUCUCCCAUGACUUCAAGAAAGUGCCAUUUGAACGUCGUGGCACAGAGACUGUUGAGGACGAUGCCAGUAUACGCAUCAAACACAGUACAUUGGGGACUAAUGUUGGCAUAAUACUAUCUCUGGCGAGUGUUUGGCAUCUUGAUCUCGGAACCGCGCAUUACCAAGCCUCGAUAACCAUGCUUCCUUCAACAUCAUGUCCAUUUCCUCGAUUUUCGGUUUUUCUAAACUCUAUGAUAGAGACUCUUGUCGACCAAAUUGUGACCGCUCGUGCGCAGCCACGCUACCUUGAACAUUACCAUAUGCAAUGGAUCUACUCGGGGAUGAUCGUAUUAUGUCCUGAGGACCUACGAGAGCGUCUACCACCUGAAAAUCAGUUCUUCAUCAAAUACUUUUACAAAAUGCUAUCUCAUUCUGAUCGAGCAGACAUUUGCCGUUUGAGACAAGCUGUACAGGAUGGCGAAAUGGACGUCGCAACUGCCACGGAUAGCUUACCCCAGAAACCCUUCAGGAUUGCCGAGCUCAAGUCGAAGCUGCCACGACCAAGCUAUUGGUUACCUCCUACCCCGCGAUGGCCAACCCCAGUGUUGAUAUCACCGCGCGAGUGUUGGUAA